AUGUCCUCCUAUGGCCAACUGCUCAGCGCCCGCUGCGCUUCGCCCUGCGAGGUGACGUGCGCCCAGCCCUACGUGGACGCCUGCAGCGAGCCCUGCGUGGCCGCAUGCGGAGACUCCCGAGCCAUCGUCUACGCCCCGCCCGUGGUCGUGACAUUCCCGGGGCCCAUCAUCAGCUCCUGCCCCACCGAGAGCAUCGUUGGGUCGUCCAUCCCUGAAAUCGGCGGGGGAAUGGGGUCUGGAGGGGGUGGCAUGGGGUCUGGAGGAGGCUACAAUAGGAAUUAUUACCCCUAUUAUUCCAGAGGGUACUACAGGUAUCGCUAUGGGAACUACGGGAACUACGGGAACUAUGGGAAUUAUGGGCCUUUUUAA